GUUAUCUAACAAACAUCAGAACAGGCAGUGUUCGUGGGAUGUAGCGCGCAUGGCGUAAAAUGUUGUUGUGUAUCUUCAAGCUAAAGUAGGCGUCAAUCUAAUUAUUAAUAGCUUCAAGUAAAAAGAGUAAAUUGUGAUGGAUUAUGAUGAUGAUGAGGAAGCACCCAGCUAUUGGGAACAGGAUGAUGCCGAUGAUGCAGAAGCAACGUUGCCUGAACCAGAGGAGUCACCUGUUGAGUCGGACCACGAACCGGAAGAGGUUGAUAAUCAGUCUAUUCAGGCAGAAUGUUUGGAAUUGUUUGGAAGCAAAGAUUUUAUCAUGGAACCGGGUAUAUCACCAUUUUUACAAAGGUACUUUCAGGCUGGAGGCGGGCCAGAGCCUGUCGUACAACUGCUGUCGGACAACUACAGCGCCAUUGCACAGCUUGCAAAUUUGUUGGCGGAGUGGCUUAUCAUGAUAGGUGUGAAUAUUUCGGAGGUGCAGAAAAUUGUUGAGGAUCACAUGAAGAAAAUGAUCAUACGGAACUUUGACCAAAAGAAAGCCGAUUCUAUUUUCACGGAGGAGGGACAGACACCAACGUGGCUAACUGAAAUGAUUGAAUAUCCCGAAUGGAGAUCUCUGUUCUAUCAAUUAGCUGAAGUUUACCCUGACUGCCUGAUGUUAAACUUCACUGUCAAGCUGAUCUCAGAUGCAGGCUUUCAGGAUGAGAUCAAGAGUGUAUCGACUGUUUGCCAGCAGAUUGAAGUCUUUUCUAGAGUGCUGAAGACAUCUGUCUGUAGCUUUCUGGAGAAGGGCGAGGAACACAUGAAGGAACAUCUCCCAGAGUUCACGAACAUGGUUUGCCACGGGGAGCAUACAUACCUUUACACGCAGGCUCUGCUUAGUAUUCUUGCACAGGAGAGUAAAGGUGGAUCUCACUUGAAACGUCUCUGCCAGGAAAUCAACAAGUGUGCUACUGAGAAGGGCCAUGACGUUACGCCGGUCACUCUCGCUCUCAGUGGCUCGGCAUCCUAUCCUCGGGCAUGUGGGGCCCUGUCUGCGAUGCUGUCUAAAAAUGCUCUCAAUCCCGCUGAUGUCACAGUGCUGUUCAAGAUGUACAGUAGCAAUGACCCACCACCUGUAGAUCUUAUCCGCACCCCUCAGCUUAUUGAGUUGCUGACUGAGGCCUUAUUCUGUCCAAACUCACGUGUUAAUCCAGACCACAAAUCCAAGUACAUCUACUUGUUAGCAUAUAGUGCCAGCGUACAUGAAACUCACAAAAAGGGAGUGCGAAAGUCGAUCAACAGGGACGAGCUAAAGCAAACUUCGCAGGCGAUAGAGAAAGUCAGUGGGAUUAUAUUCGAGAACAAGAGUUGCAGCGACCUGAUAUGCGAAGUUGCAACACUGUACCAAUGUAUCAGGUUUCCUGUGGUAGGAAUGGGAGUCAUCCGGUGGGUGGAGCAUGCGGUAAACGACCCUAGCUAUUUCCAACACAACAUUGACCACACGCCUUUACAUAUUGCCCUGCUGGAUGAGGUGAGUACCUGCCAUCCGAUGUUGCAUCCAAGAAUUCUAGAGCUUCUAAUAUCCCUCUUUGAAUCAGAAUUCAAGGAACUAGAUGUACUUGUACAGUUGGAGCUGAAAAAGGUCAUUCUAGACCGCACGGUGCACCUUUUGAGUCGUGGCUUUGUCAUACCUGUAAUCAACUAUCUGAAGCAGUGUUGGGAGGUGAAAGACACUGACGUCUCUCUCAUUCGUCACUUUGUGUCUGAGGUGCUCGAUGUAAUAGCCCCGCCCUUCACCUUGGAGUUUGUUCAGCUUUUCCUUCCUCUCAUCGAGAAUGAAAACAUCACCGGCUCUAUACGUACAGAAAAUGAGCAUGAUCCUGUAUCAGAGUUUAUUGCUCAUUGUCGGCAGACCUUCGAUGACCUCUGACACUACCAUGAGGAACUCUAAGAAAAUGGUAGUUUGGCCACAGCUCACAUACGUGGUUCUACGUCUAUCAAUACUCCUAUAUUUGAUAUCUCAUUAGUUAUGUUGGAGAAUUUAUGCUAAACCAUACUAUUUAACAAGGCAACUGUCUUGCUUUGGAUAUUCAGCCAGUUUAAGUGUCAUGUUUUGAGUAACGAUUUGUGUGCUGUUUAAAGCAAUGUAAUAACGGUUUUGUGAACAUGCCAAAAACUUCAAUACAAUGAUCACCGUACUUCACUCUCUGGAAAUAUGAGAGAAUAAUUGUCAUUUAAUAGCAGGAUCAUUCUAAUGUAAUGUCAGAAACCAUGUAUUGUCUAGCGUGUUGUCAUAAUAUUUUCAUGUUAUAUUUUGUGUUUAGAGAAAUACCAGAAUGGAAUUCUUGUAAUCAUUGAUUUAAAUGCCCAAUCAUUUGUAUAUAUAUUGUCAUUAAAUAUGCAUAUAUCGAUUAAAAUGAACAAAUCAUUAUGUAAAUUCUAA